GAAAACUUGCGAGGUGGCAACUCUGUGUUAGUCGCCCAACAGCUGAUUAUUAUUUUGGACUUCAGGAAACGCUGAAAUUGUUUACUUUUCUGGUAAUUCACGAAUUUAGACAACAAAUCAACAUGACGGAGUUCUGGAAAUCGAACGAACGCAAGUUCUGCGACUUUUGCAAAUGCUGGCUGAGCGACAACAAGGCUAGCGUCGCCUUUCAUGAAAGUGGCAAGCGGCACAAGUUAAAUGUGGCCAAGAGGAUUACAGACAUCAGUCGCAGCAGCGAGAAAUCGGAAAGGGAGCGCCAGAAAAUGGAUGCGGAGAUCCGCAAAAUGGAGGAGGCUGCCAUGAAGUCCUAUGCCCAGGAUGUCCACUCUCGCGGUGACAUGACCGCCAGGUCCAUUGACACGGUGAUGAGGGCCACCGCCUCCUCCACUUCGGGUGGAGCCCAUUCCGCUGCAAGAUCCCGCCAAGUGGACCCUAUGCGGCUCGAAGGACUCUCUGACGACGAAGAAGACAACCGACGGGUCGCUCCUGGAAAGGUGGCACCCGAGGCAGCAGCUCCCGAAGCCUCCCUCUGGGUGGAGGGCAAGUCGGACGAGGGACAUACCUACUACUGGAACGUCAAGACCAACGAGUCGGUUUGGAAGCCCCCUAAGGAGGGCUACAUGUCCUAUGAGGAGUAUGAACGGAUCAACCAAUUGGUCAUCGAGCAGCAGGAGAUCACACAGGCCCAGGAAUCCCUCAAGUUUCGGGAGAACGCCGAUGAGGAAGUGGCUCGCGUAAAUCGGGAACGGAUGAAAGCCCUUCGAAAACCGGAGAACCCGAAGGAGAAAAAGCAGAAGGAGGAGAAGCGCCGAGCAUUUAAGACGGAGGAGGAGGCGGCCACCAAGGAGAUUGGCCAGUGGCAAACGGUGGAGGUCAAAGCGCCCGAUGAGCCCAUCGACUGGCAGUUGCCCAAAACGGAUUACUACAGUGCCUCUCCCGUGAUUUCGACGACCAGUGAGCCCGAGCCUCCGGUCAAGCGCUUUAAGGAGAAAACGAUCGGUGGUCUGGAUGCAGAGACAGCCGCCAGUGCGCCUGCCACGUUCAAACGGAAAUUCAUCAAAAAGGGAAACAGCCGCCAACGCGUCGAUGAUUAAGUUGGGUGUAGAUAUUUUAUAACUCAACUUCAUUCAUUACCUUAGAAUUAAAUUUACCAUAAAUGCAAGAAAAGUAAUAAUUUUGCUUUGAAUACUGUAUUUGAUUUUAUCACGGAACAAUUUAAUCCAGUCUUAUAUAUAUUAUCAAUAAAUCAAUUUUUUUCGAAAAUGA